AUGGCGGACCUCGAAGACGUUACGCUGGACGGGAGACCGCUUCAGUCCCUUCGUGUGGCGGAUUUAAAAGCUGCUCUUGAAGAGAGAGGGCUUUCAAAAAGCGGGCAGAAGAAUGCUCUCAUUAAAAGACUCAAAGGGGCUCUCAUGCUGGAGAAUCUGCAGAGGACCUCCACCGCUCACAUCGGACUGCAGCCAAACUCACAGAUUGGUGAGGAAAUGAGCCAGAACAGCUUUAUUAAGCAAUAUCUGGCUAAACAGCAGGAGCUCCUGAGGCAGCGUCUGGAGAGAGAGGCUCGUGAGGCAUAUGAAACCAAUGAGCAAGAAGAUCACACAGAAGUUAAUAACAGCACCUCAGGUCCUCCUCAAGCCCAGGAUGUCACACCAGCAUUGGCUGACCAGCACAAGCCCCCCGGCCCCUCUGGCGGAGAGGGACUGUUCGGUGCAGCAAAUGAGGGAGAAGAUAACGGGAACCAGGAGGCUGACAUGUCUGGUCCUCCUGCUUCUGGCUCAGUGCCCGUGCGUGUUCCUGGUGGUGAGCACCGGCCAGAGAGGGGCGCCGCACCCAGCGAUUUCGUGGCCGACAGCGACGAUGACGACAGCGAGGAUGGCGAAGAGGAUGGUGAUGAUGAGGAUUGGGACAGCAACAUGCGCAGAAGAAACGUUAGAGAGCCAGCCAGAGGGCCUGCGACCAGGGAGAGGUCUGGAGCAUCUUGUCAACCCCAGCAGCAACACAUCCCUUCCCUUUUGUCUCCUCAACUCCGCCAGCCAACCCCUCCUCCCUCCCCACCUCCAGAGUUAUCUUUCCCCUUGCCUGACACCCCUAAGCAGAGCCCCCCGAGUCCAGAUGUAGCACCAGCUAGACGCUCAUCCAGUUCCUCUAGCUCUGGUUCCUCCAGCAGCGGCAGCCGUAGUAGCAGCCCAGAACCACAGAGGAGCGGACACGCCGAGCGCAAGCCCGGCCCGUUGACCCUUCUGGCACGUAAAAUGGAGUCUGAAGGUGCUUUCUCUGGAGCAGGUUGGCAUGGCGGCAACGGGGAAGGCGAUAGGCAGGACAGCAGUUUGCCUGCAGCUACAUUGUUUCCUGGCAGAGGACCUCCAGAGGGUUUGGUAUCUGCCAUCACUCACACAGCCAACACUGCAGGCCAUGUGGCAUUUCCCAUGAUUCCAGGCACCAACCAAGGUGUCACAGGAGCACAUUCGGCCCGUGUUCAAGUACCUGUGAGUGUGCUCAAGGCCACUGCGACAGAAGAGAGGGACAGAGAGAGGGACUCUGAGAUAGAAAGAGAAAAGGCCCUUGAGCUGGAAAGGCAAGAGAAGCAGAGAAAACUCGAGCAAGAGCGAGCGCUAGAGGAAGAGCGAGAAAGAGCUCUCGCGCUGGAGAGAGAGGAACGAGAGAGAGCUUUGGAGCAAGAGAGGUUUGAGCGACAGCAGGCCUUAGAAAGAGAGGAACGAGAAAAGGCUUUGCAGCGGGAGAGGGAACUCGCUCUAGAAAGAGAGAGGCUCGAGAGGGAACAAGCUUUGGCUAAAGAGAGGGAAGCGCAAGAGCAAGCCUUGGCAAGAGAGAGGGCUCUAGAGCUUGAGAGGCAGAAAGAACUUGAAAUGCAGAGGGCCCUGGAGCAAGAACGUCUGCAGAGAGAAAGAGAGGAGAGGGAAAGGCGCGAGAGAGAAGAAAGGGAGAGGGCAAUGGAGCUAGAAAGAGCAAAGGCUUUGGAGCGGGAACGAGAGGAGAGAGAAAAGGCUCUUGAGCAAGAGAGGUUAGAGAGGGAAAGAGCUUUGGAGGCUGAGAGAAAGGAGAAGGAGAGGAUCGAACGAGAAAAGGCUUUGGAGCAGGAAAGGUUGGAAAGGGAAAGAAUAGAGAGGGAGAAAGCGUUGGAGAAAGAGAGGAUAGAGAGGGAGAGAGCCAUAGAGCAAGAAAGACUAGAGAGGGAGAGAGCCUUAGAGCAAGAGAGACUAGAGAGAGAGAGAGCCUUGGAGAGGGAAAGAAUUGAAAGAGAGAAAGCCUUAGAGCGAGAAAGAAUCGAAAAAGAGAAAGCUUUAGAGCAAGAGAGAAUAGAAAGAGAAAAAGCUCUAGAGCAACAGAGGUUGGAGAGGGAGAGAGCCCAAGAGUUGGAGAGGUUAGAGCUUGAGAGGAAGGAAAAGGAGAGGAUUGCAAGAGAGAAAGCAUUGGAGCAAGAGAGGAUAGAGAGAGAACAAGCCUUGCAACGAGAGAGGGAGGAAAAGGAGAAGGCAGAGAGAGAGGCAGCUCUGGAACAGGAGAGGAAGGAGAAGGAAAGAGCCGAAAAGGAGAGGAAAGAAAGGCUGGAGCUGGAGAGAGCUCUGGAGCAGCAGAAGCUCGAAAGAGAGAAAGCCUUGGAGGAGGAGAGGGAGCGAGAAAGAUUAGAGAGAGAGAAAGCCAUGCAGAAAGAGAAGGAGGAGCAGGAGAGGGCCCUGGAACAGGAGAAAGAGAGAGCUAGGAUGGCUGAAAAGGAGAGGGAGAGUCACCUCCCUCCAUCCAAACGUGGCCGUGAGAUUGGUCUCACCUCCCUGCCCACCCCUCCCCCCCUCUCCACAGGACCAGGUAGAAAAUCUUCGACAGAGGAAGGAGCGCAGGAAGACGCCCAAGCUCCAAUGUCCCAGAGUGACGCCCAAGCAACAGAAGCAGGUUCGCCAAUGUCACCAACAUCUAUGUCGCAGCAGUCAACAUUCAAGAAGUUCCGGUUCUUAAGGGAUCCCCCAACUCAGCCCCAAUCCUCCUCUACUCCCAUGGUCAUCAAGAGGCCCCGUACCUUCUCUGAUAGCCCUCAGCCCCAGGUCUCACCCGCGUCCUCCUUGGCCAGCGUUGGGGAACGUCAGCAGGAAGGAUCGCAGCCCUCUGCUGAACAGAAAGAUAGCGCAAGCCAGGAACCGGCCGUCAGCAGGCCACAGGGUUCUGUGAGGAGCCAGUCUGAGGAGGAGACUCCUGUAAGUACCACACUGAAUCCUAAAGAAGAAGGGAACACAAGCACAGGAUCAGAGAGCAAAGACAAAGCUGAUUCAGUGGCGACAGAAAAGGCUGCCAAGGAGUCCACCAAAAGGGCGAAAGAUGCAGAUGAAGGCAAGGGUCCUUCAAGCCCAGUAAAUGCUGCACAGCGGAGAGGAAGAGAUGCAAAGAAGGAAGAGAAACAAACGAGACAAAGGUCAUCCUCUAAUGAUUCCUCUUCCUCCGAUUGGGACUCUGGGUCCUCAUCAUCUGGGUCCUCUGACUCAUCCUCAUCUUCUCAAGAGAAAACCUGCUCCACUUCCAGAGGCAGAAAGGAAGGGAAACCUGGAAGAGAUUCCUCCCCAAAGCACAGGGUGACUGCAGAGGCUCAAGCUGAAGGUGUAAAGGAGACUCCAAAAGCCUCCCUGUGCAAAAGAGAGAUGCCUGUGGAGAAGAGUAACACAGCUGCUGAUAGAGCUAGUCACACUGAGAAGCUAUUGGAUGCACCAACCAGAGAGGAGAUCCAAAGGAAGAGAAAGGACAGUGAAGAAGAGGAAGAAAAGAAGGACAAACAAAGGCAGGUGACGGAGUCUGCCAUGGCAGAGCCGGAGAAGCUUCCAGAGACCAGCGAGGAGACACCUAAGGCCUUCUCCGCUCGUAAGAUCUCUCUCAGCAGCAGCAAAUCGUCCCCAGGCACUGGCAGUGCAGAGGGCGAGCAGGACUCUGGGGCCGCGGCAGGUCGCAAGAGGAGAUGGGGCUCCAGCACAGCAGUCACUGCCAAGAAACCUUCCAUCAGCAUCACCACAGAUUCACUCAAGUCUCUGAUCCCAGACAUCCGACCGUGUAUAGGACAAGAGGCAGUAGUGGACCUGCACCCAGAGGAGGCAGUCCUCUCCGGGGCAGAGGAUGAAGAGAGGGAGCGCUCUGACCAGGAUCUUCAGAUCCGACGCACUGUCACACAGGUGGUGCACCCGGAGAGCCAAGAGAAUGGACAGAAAGAGGCAAAGAGGAGCAGACAUGAGGAGUUGGAAGAGGAUGACCUACAGGGAGACGGAGAAAAGACAAGGGUCCAUGAAGAGAAGGUGGACACCUCUUUUCCUGCCGCCAUGGAAACCGAGUCACCAUCACAUACCAGCCAUGAUGUAGAAAUCAACACUGUGACCACCAGCGACACCCUCAUUCGUCGCUCCAUCAGCCAGCAGAAAACAGGUGUCUCCAUCACUAUUGACGACCCUGUGCGCACUGCACGGCAGCCCUCUCCACCUCGCGGCAAAGUCUCCAACAUUGUUCACAUCUGCAAUCUGGUGAGGCCGUUCACUCUGGGGCAGCUGAAGGAAUUGCUCAGCAGAACUGGCACCCUGGUGGAUGACGGCUUCUGGAUUGACAAAAUCAAGUCUCACUGCUAUGUCACUUACUCAAGCUCAGAGGAGGCCGUCACCACACGGGCAGCUCUUCAUGGAGUGAAAUGGCCUCAGAGCAACCCAAAAGUCCUUAGCGUAGACUUCUGCCAGCAGGAUGAACUGGACUUCCACAAAGGCUUGGGUGCAGCCGACAGACCCGGAGCAGAGGAGCAGGGUCCCGGCCGCGGCCGAGCAUCGGGCCUGCCCUCCCUCCUCCCAGAGCGAGACCAGUGGGCCGAGCGCGAGCGUGAAAUGGAGCGCAGGGAGAGGGCCCGGGCAGAGCGGGAGUGGGAUCGUGACAAGGUCAAAGAGUUCGGGAAACCCGGAGAGGAGAAAGAGGGAGGCGCCCGGAGGUCACGCUCCAGAGAGAGACGACGCAAGGAGAGGGGGAAGAGCAAGGAGAAGAAGACUGAGAAGAAGGAGAAAGCAGCUGAGGACCCCCCUGCUAAGCUGCUUGAUGACCUGUUCCGAAAAACUAAAGCAGCUCCUUGCAUAUACUGGCUUCCACUUACAGAGGAGCAGUUUGUUCAGCGGGAAGCCGCCAGAGCAGAACGGAUGAAGGAGCGUGAAAAACGGAGGAAGGAGCAAGAGGAGGAGGAGGAGGAGAAAAAAAGGGAAGAGGAACGCAAGGAGAGGAUGAAAGCAAGUGGCGCCGCCGCCACAGGUGACCGGAGCGAGGGUGAGAAAGACAAGGACAGAGACAGAGAGAGGGACAGAGACAGAGAACGAGGUAGAGACAGAGACAGGGAGAGGGAAAGGGAAAGGGAGAGGGAGAACGACAAACGCAGGGACGGUUACCGUAGGCCAGGGGGCAGCAGCAGCAGGGCAGGCGGGGGCAGACGCUCCCGCAGCCGCAGCGACCCGCGAGAAAGGCGGCGUUAAUGACCAAUCAGCUGAUGGAACUGUCCUAGAGACCCACCCUCUUCCAUUUGCCUUUCACUACAUGUACUUUGUUACAACUAAGACCCAACAGAGGACCAACCGACGUCGUCACCAUCUCUCAAAUUGUCACCUCAAAGCACAUCUACACCUACACACAGUCAUGCUUAAAAGGGGACCAUGAUUUUUUGCAGUGUUGUUUCCCAGAGUGCUGUACGUGUCUCGCUCCUGUCGAGGUUUGAUAUAUUUUCUUUAUAUGUUUGCAUCUCUCUUUCUUUGUUUUUUUUUUUUUUUUCAUCUUGACGGCAUAGCAGUAUGGCACGCUGGGUCAUUUUAAUUAUUUCUCCCUAAUGUUCCCCAUUUGCCCCAAAAAGUGUAGGUGCCAAUUAUGAUUUGCAAUCAGUUGUCGUCGCCAGCUCUGCAAUUUGGAUGAGGAAUCCUUUUGUUGCUGCAUGUAGUCCAAGGCUCUCCUUGCCAGUCCUGCCUAAAGAGAAAACUCAUCCCUCUGUGCGGAGGCUUGCAUAAAUCUGAAAAUAUUGGAAUUGACGUGUUUGACAUUUUGUACAGACAUAUAAGAUUACUAAAAAAAACCCAAGUCUUUAAAUGAGGCAGCUCUGGGGUAUUUUUCGGACAGGUGUGGAAUAACUACUAAGGCAAUGCAGUGUUCCUCUCUCCCGCCCGUUGAGUUAAGAGAUGAGACAAUUUUCUGUGGGGGAGAAUCGACGUCUGUCACACCUGACACAACUUAUGAUUAUGUCCUUUUUAUCAUUGAUUCUCUUCUCUUCCUCCCUCCAUUUCCUCUUCUUCCUCCAAUGCUCUUACCCUGUUGUGUCAAUACAGGCUCAAGAGGGGAGGCUGCAUUAUGAGUUUUCUCACAAUGGUUUUAAUAUUAUUUUUUAAUCGUUAUUUUAUCAUUUUAGUACAAAGGUUUGUUUUUGUUUUUUUUUUAAUUUUCUUCUUUGAGUACGCCUAUCAGUGGUGAAUGUACAAAUAAAAAUUGAAGUUUGAAA